AUGUCUACUGUCGAGGAAUUGAAGGCCCUAGUGUCGAAGUUGCACGAGAGAAUUGCCACUCUUGAGGAGAAGGCUGGUUUGGCUCCAGUCCUUCCACCAGCUAUCCGUAUGGUUUUGAUUGGUCCACCAGGUGCUGGUAAGGGUACCCAGGCGCCAAACCUCAAGGACAGGUACUGUGCCUGUCACUUGGCCACUGGUGACAUGCUUAGAUCGCAGGUCUCCCAGAAGACCGAGCUUGGAAUUGCUGCCAAGAAGAUCAUGGACCAAGGUGGUUUGGUUUCCGACGAGAUCAUGGUCAACAUGAUCAAGAGUGAGCUGGAAAACAACUCCGAGUGCAAGAACGGAUUCAUUCUUGAUGGUUUCCCAAGAACCAUUCCUCAGGCCGAAAAAUUGGACUCAAUGCUCACUGAGAGUGGAAAGCCAUUGCAGAAGGCUGUUGAGUUGAAGAUCGAUGACGAACUUUUGGUCUCCAGAAUCACCGGUAGAUUGGUCCACCCCGCCUCCGGAAGAUCCUAUCACAAGGAGUUCAACCCACCAAAGGAGGAAAUGAAGGAUGACAUCACCGGUGAGCCUUUGAUCCAGAGAUCCGAUGACAACGUCGAGGCCUUGCAAAAGAGAUUGAUCACGUAUCAUAAGCAGACCGAGCCAAUUGUUGCAUACUACCAAAAGACCGGUAUCUGGGCUGGUGUGGAUGCCUCGCAGAGCCCAAAGAAGGUCUGGAGCGACAUUUUGAAAUGUCUCGGCCAAAAAUAG